AUGGAGCAAACUAACGACGAAGAGGCACUCUUUCGAGUUAUUUCGGAAAACCUGAAGUAUGCUUUCAACAGCCCCAUUCCCACAACCACACAAUUUCCUACGCCUUACUCCCAGAAUCAUAUAGCUCCACAUCACUCCGAGCCCCCAUUGCAAAAUCAAAAUGAAAAUCAAUCAAUAGUUGAGAAUAGUAUCCUACAGGGCAACAGUGGCACAGGAACACUUAGUGAUAUGAACGUGCAACCUUCCUCAGUUUUACAGCUGAGUAACGAGUUCCUGCUUGCCUCUCCAGAGCAGUUCAAGGAGUUCUUGUUUGAAUCGCCUGCGAGACUGAAUCUUCUACAUAAAACACCAGCUAAGACGCCGUUACGUUUCUUUAAUAGUACAGCUGUCACAUCCUCACAGCAACAGCAAGCCCAAAUCACACCCCUAAGGAAUAUUGACAUCAAUCUUAUGUUCAAUUCAAAGAAUAAGCCACGCACUUCCUCGCCUUCCAAAAGAUAUCUGUCUUUGACGCCCUAUGGGAAAAGAGUAUUGAAUGACAUAGGGACCCCAUAUGCGAAGAUGCUUGCGUCUUCUAACAGUGCACUCGUGGAUUUCCACAAGGCAAGAAAAGAUUCAACGAAAACAACAUUCACACCGCUGAAGAACAGACAAUCCCGUUCAACCCGAAGUUUAAACUCAAACCACAACGAAGAGGGCUUUUCCAGCGAUAUUGAAGAAGCAACGGAUCGUGAUGGUGACUGCGGUUCCUCGCCGACGACUAUACAACUCAAUUCUUCAGUGACAAAAUCUACGCGGGAUAAAUUGGGCCCUAUAUCAAGUAAAGAAAGUCCGGUCUUCUCAUCCAAGUAUGCAGAGCGAGAACCUAACAUUGACGAAACUCUUUUUGAAGUGGAAAAGCUGCCGUUGUCUCCUACUCCAAAACCACAAAGUAGCGAUCUGGACGUAACGUCCAUCAAAAUUCCGGAGCUUCCCAAAAUGGGAUCUUUCAAAAGCGAGCGGUCACUUUCUGUGGCUAAUGGGACGAAAAAAGUGUCAAAGAAGCAGCCGAAGUUUCAGAUCAUAGUUACUGACGCUAAUUCAUUCAACUCAACAAAAGGCACUGUGAUGGGAGGAGAUACCAAUGGUAGGAAAAGAAAGCCGGGGCUGAAGCGGUCUCAAUCGGAGCUUACAGAAAUGCCGGCAUCAGGACGUAGCAAAAAACAAAAAAUGACUCCAAGUCUAAGGUUAGAUUUCAAUGGACGAUACCCAAGUUCACAAUAG